AUGCUUGGAUUUAAUGUUAGAGAAGCUCAACUGGCAGGAAGAGUCAGAGAAAUGGAAGAGCAAAAUUAUUUGCUUAGGCAUCAAUUAAGUUUAAGUCAAGGCCAAUUAGUUCAAGCAAUGAAACAAGCUGUUGUCAAUAAUACUACAGAAUCUCCAAUUCAUAAAUGCACUAAGGAAGCUGAAAUUUCAAAAUGUGAAAUUAUUCAUGUGGCCAUCGUUUGUGCAGGUUACAAUGCUUCACGCUCUGUCGUCACUUUAAUCAAGUCCAUUUUGUUUUACACUAGGAAUCCUCUUCAGUUGCAUUUUAUUGCCGAUUCAGUUGCUUGGCAUAUUUUAGAAACUUUAUUUAAAACCUGGAGUGUACCACAAGUUGAUGUUCGAUUUUAUCCUGCUGAAAAUGUAGUUCCCGAUGUUUCAUGGAUUCCAAAUAAGCAUUAUUCAGGAGUUUAUGGUUUAAUGAAAUUAACACUACCAAAAAUAUUACCCAGAAAUUUAACUAAGGUAGUUGUACUUGACACAGAUGUUACAUUUGCAACUGACAUUGCAGAGCUUUGGAAACUCAUGACAAAAAUGUCGGACAAACAAGCAUUUGGUUUGGUAGAAAAUCAAAGCGAUUGGUAUUUGGGUAAACUUUGGAAAAAUCACAAGCCGUGGCCAGCUUUAGGAAGAGGAUACAACACAGGCGUGAUUUUGCUUCAAAUGAAACGUUUAAGACGUUUAAAAUGGGCUCACCUGUGGCGUUUCAUAGCCGAAAAAGACUUAGUUACCAUGUAUUCGACUAGUUUAGCCGAUCAAGAUAUAUUAAAUGCCAUUAUUAAGCAAUAUCCCGAACUUGUUUAUAAAUUGCCUUGUCAAUGGAAUGUUCAAUUGAGUGAUAACACUCGGAGCGAACUAUGUUACACCGAAGUCACCGAUUUGAAAGUCAUACAUUGGAAUUCGCCAAAAAAAUUAAAAGUUCAAAAUAAACACGUUGAAUUUUUCAGAAAUCUUUAUUUGACUUUUCUCGAAUACGAUGGUAAUUUGUUGCGUCGAGAACUUUUCGGUUGUAACAUAUCGAGACCGUCGGUUCCGCAACAAGAAUUGAGAAAGUUAAACGAAGAAGAUCAAUGUUACGAUUUUCGUCGUGCUCGAAUUUCCCGAUUAAGAACUCAUUUGUAUUUUUUGGAUUACGAUUACGAGCCUUCGACGGACGGAGCCGACGUCACUCUCGUUGCUCAGUUAUCAAUGGACCGACUCCAAAUGGUUGAAAAUCUUUUGAAACAUUGGGAAGGUCCCAUUAGCCUUACGUUGUACAUGUCGGAUGCUGAGGCACAGCAAUUUCUAAGUUACGCUCUUAGUUCUGAAAUUCUUAGCAGUAGGAAAAAUAUCGGAUAUCACAUCGUUUAUAAAGAAGGAAAUUUUUAUCCGGUGAAUUUGUUGAGAAACGUUGCAUUACAACAAGUUAAAACGCCUUUUGUGUUUUUAACCGACAUUGAUUUCCUUCCAAUGUUUGGAUUAUACGAAUACCUUAAAACUUGCGUGCAAUUAUUAAAUUUAGAAAAUUCAAAUAAGGCUUUGGUGGUUCCUGCAUUUGAAACACAACGGUAUCGAAUUACAUUUCCUCGUAGUAAAGCCGAUCUCCUUCGUAUGCUAGAUAUGGGUUCCUUAUUCACAUUCAGAUACGACGUUUGGCCAAAAGGUCAUGCCCCGACAAAUUAUACAAAAUGGAGAACGGCAACGAGUCCCUACGAAGUCUCUUGGGAACCAGAUUACGAGCCUUACAUUGUGGUAAAAAAAGAUAUUCCUCUCUACGACACACGUUUCGUAGGUUUCGGAUGGAAUAAGGUGGCACACAUAAUGGAACUCGAGGCCAAAGGUUACGAAUUUGUAGUUUUACCAAAUCCAUUCAUCGUUCACAUGCCUCACGCUCCAUCUUUCGACAUAGCAAAAUUUCGAAGUUCGGCCGUUUACAGAAAAUGCUUGGAAAUAUUAAAAGAAGAAUUCACAAGGGAUUUGAAAAAAAAAUACAACAGAGUUUUUGCUGUCGGAAAAAAAGAAUCAGCGGAAAACAAUUUCUGA